UAUAAAACCACAACACAAGCACUUUCAAGUUUCAACCACCACCACUCCGACCUUAAUUAACCAUUUCCCUUGUUCUUCACUAUCUCCGGCCAUGGUGGAACACGAGCAGGUAAGGCCUCUAGCCCCGGUUACAGACCGCACAAGCAGCGAUGACGAAGAAUCUGCCCUUCUCUUAAAAAAGCUGCGUCGCAGAAAAUGCAUGAAAUGCUGCGGGUGCAUCACAGCAGUAUUGCUCGUCCCCGCCAUAGUGAUCGUUAUAUUAAUUUUCACCCUUUUUCGCGUCAAGAACCCUUCAAUCAGAUUGAAUCGUGUGAUCAUCACUCAUCUCGAGCUAAUCAACAACACCAUCCCUAAGCCAGGGACCAACAUGUCUUUGAUUGCAGAUGUUUCAGUGAAAAAUCCUAACAUAGCAUCGUUCAAGUAUAGUAACACCACUUCAGCCCUUUACUACCAUGGAGAGCUUGUCGGGGAGGCUCGAGGCCCGCCAGGCCGCGCAAAAGCGCGACGUACCUUGCGGAUGAAUGUUACGGUGGAUAUAAUCACUGAUAAUUUGCUUUCCAACCCAAAUCUGAACACUGAAGCGGGCACGGGGCUCCUGACCAUGGACAGCUACUCAAAAAUUCCAGGGAGGGUCAAACUUCUGAAUAUUAUUAAGAAGCAUAUUACAGUGAAGAUGAAUUGCACUAUCACAGUUAAUAUUUCAUCCCAGGCAAUUCAGGCACAGAAGUGCAGGAAAAAGGUUGACCUUUAGUGGUACAUAUUGGUAUGCUUAAUUGCCUCUUGUUUUGUUUCUUUAUUAUUAUUACUAUUAUUUUAUGGAUUGUGAGAUAUAGACGUAUAUUUAGUUUCCUAUAUAUGUAAAAUACUUCUUUGUUGAA